UAAGAAUAUGAUUCUCUUCGUACAAGACGAAUGUAAGUCUUUACAAUAGUAGGGCAUUUUCACUACAUAAGCAACGAUUAGCCAGUAUCAAGGGAUAUGAGAAUAAGUAGAUAUCUAGUGUUGUGGCCAAAGUUGAGAGAAUGAGAUCUGAAUCUAUUAACAGACGUAAGUAGGUAGAAUAAUAACAGCUUGGAGAAGAAAAUCAACGUUUAAAGUAUUUAGGUUUUCUAUAACUAUAGAAUUAAGUUAUUAGAAAUAGCAAAUGAAAAGAAGGCAUUAUCUUAACAGGUUAAAUUAUGUUAAGCUAAAAAGAAGUUAUCAGAAUUAUUUAGACAUUAAUAGAAUAUGAUGGAGAAUCUUAUUUUGAUGAAAAAGAUAACUAAUGUGUAUUUAUUUAAGUUCAUUUAGAACAUCAUCUAUCACCCAUAGAGUCUAAUUAUAAGAUUUUCACUUUAGUAAAUUAAAGUAACUUGAUAGAUAUUUACAAGAUGAUGAAAAGAGUUUUGUUAAGUAAAAUAAAUACAUAUAUAUAAUAUAAAGACCUUCAAUUAUUUAGAGUCCUAACCAUUCUUAAUAAAAUUCAUAACAUACUUAACAUACAAAAACUCUGGAUGCCACUCAUAUUAAAUUAUCAGAAUUAAGAGUGUAUUCGAAUGGAUAAUUACUUCAAUGA